GUCCGAGCCCCCACGGUCCGGCCUUGGGGCGGCCACGCUCUCGGCAGGGGCCCCCGGUGUGAGCACAGAUCUAAAGCUGGCAAGAUCGCUCCAGAUGCCACUGAGCAGAGAAGGCAGGCCCCUGCUUGCUUCCUACUAGGGCCUGCUCUUUCUCAUCUGGGAAGGACAUUGUCAGCCCAGUGCCUGGUACCCUGUUUCAAGCACUUUGCAACCACUGAUGUAGUAACAAUCGAUAGAUGAAGAACAAACAACAACCUCAGGCGACCGCGAAUAUGAAGGCUAAUCAAUGGACUUGGCAGCCACCACAGGACCCAGACAGACGGCUUCCUCGGAGGCCACUGGAGAAACUGCUGCUUGGGAUGAACAUGCCAGUGGGACUUGGCUAUCUUCUGAAGCAGACAGAAUCAGAGGGCCUUCCACAAGCCACUCUGGUCCUGUUGACUAGUCCAGUUCAGACUCAGGCCCCGACCAAGGGAAGCCUGAAGCAGUGGGAAGAGUGUGGUCACGGGAGCCGUGGCAGCGGGCGAGCGGGCCGUGAGGAGCCUCGGGCGCGGCCUCGCCUCCCCGGCCCGGCGCCCGCAUCAGCACCGCGGACAGCGCCCGGCCCCCACCUCGCCGCCGCCAGCCCACCUACUCCUCGAGUCAGCACCGCGGACAGCCCCCUCGACCCACUCAGCCUCAGGCUCCGCGCGGUCCGGAGUCCCCGGAACAUGGCCACCGAGGUCCACAAUCUGCAGGAGCUCCGGAGAAGUGCCUCCCUGGCCACCAAGGUCUUUAUCCAGAGAGACUACAGCGAUGGGACCAUCUGCCAGUUCCAGACCAAAUUCCCCCCAGAGCUGGACAGCCGGAUCGAGCGGCAGCUCUUUGAGGAGACCGUGAAGACCCUCAACAGCUUCUAUGCGGAGGCUGAGAAGAUUGGGGGCAGCUCCUACCUCGAGGGCUGCCUGGCCUGCGCCACGGCCUACUUCAUCUUCCUCUGCAUGGAGACCCACUAUGAGAAGGUUCUCAAGAAGAUCUCCCGGUACAUCCAGGAGCAGAAUGAGAAGGUCUUCGCCCCUCGAGGCCUCCUGCUCACGGACCCCGUGGAGCGUGGGAUGAGGGUCAUCGAGAUCUCCAUCUAUGAGGACCGGUGCAGCAGCGGCAGCUCCAGCAGUGGCAGCAGCAGUGGCAGCGGCAGCAGCAGCGGUGGGGGUGGCGGGGCGGGGGCCCGGUGACUGGCCGAGGGGCCCUGUGGGGAGGUGUUCAGCCGGAACGAGGGCCUCUCAGACCUGCGGCGGCUGCGCUACCAGAGCACCCGCUUCUGAGUCUUCUCUGGGCCCACCCUGCUGCCUGGGGGUGGGAGGGAGGGGCGGCGGGCCCAGCGUUUCCUGCCGGUGGUGGACCCGUGCCCCCUGCCCCUCGCCUCCUGGGGAGGGUCGGGCUGCUCCCUGACCUGGCUCUUCUCCGAAGGGGCUGGUCUGAGUCACAUGGAGCCAGACCUUCCUAGGGAAGGCUGGGACUGGGAGAACACUGUUUGGAAAAGUCCCUUUCAUCCGAAGCUCCUCUCCCAUCACCCCAGAGGGGGCCGGGCCUGUAGCCUGGAGAAUCCCCAUCUUGCACGAUUCCUCAAAUCCUAUCUCACCGGGGCCAAAUGGCCUCAGCCGAGGGGGCUGUCUCCCUCGGGCCCUGGUCCCCAUGGCUGUCUCCUAGUGUCUGCUCUUUCCGAUGCACCUCAGGACCUCUGUCUGUCUGUGAUCCUGCCUGCACCGAAUUUAAGGUCUGGGGAGAUGGCAGUGGUCAGCCUCUGGGUGCUGUGGUGGGAGCCCGCCCCUCCUGACGUCUGCUUGAUCUGCAGCUACCCUGUCCUCCACCCAGAGCCUGGAGGCCAUGGUGGCCUUGUCUUGAAGUACCCAGCUCCUGGGACCUUGCAGACCACCAGGCUCUGGUUGUGGGGCCUCAGAGUUGGGCUUUGGGAGGUGGUAUGGGGGCCUGGGGCAGCCAGCCUCAAGCAGAGCCGUCAUGGAAAGAUGUAGCCUUGAGGGGCUGGAAGCUCCUGAACUGGAGCCCGUUGUCCCAAGAGUGUGCAAAUGCUCAAGAGUUCCUGCGUGUGUGCCUCUUGGCUGGUGGGCCACAACUGCCCCUCUCUGCAUCCUGUCUUGUCUUAGCUACAUGAUGGGUCUGUGGCUUCUUCCCUGUGUGGGUCCAGCAUGGCCCCCUGUAAAUAAAUGUCCUAAACCACCCCCCCCCCCACCUCCCCAGUUGGGGCUGCCAGCUUGGUGCUUUCUGGCUUCCCUGACAUCCAGAACCACCCCCACCCCCACCUUCUGACUCUACUGUGUACAGUCUAGGAGAAAAGGAGCUGGGGUUCUAGGAGAGCUGAGCCAACCCUCUGGGGGCCUUCUGUGCCCCUCUCCCCACACCCCCCGUGCAAGGCAGUGGGCUGCAGACGCUGUGACUCAGCCCUCCCAGGCUCCAGGCGCUCUAAGGCUGUGUGUGUGAGCCUUCCUUGGACCCAUGGGGAGAGGCAAACGCCCUCCCUUGAAAGGAAGGGGGAACGUCCAGCCAGUUUCACUCUGGCUCUGAGGCCAGGGGAGCAGCAGCAAGGGAGCAGCCUGUCCUGGGCCCUGAAGGUGGGCAGAAGGAGGCCGCCUGCCCCAGCGCAGGCAGGAGGUGCUGGAAGCAGAUCGGAAAGACCAGCCGCUGCAGGUUGCCUUCUGGAACCAAAGAAGGGCCUGAUUCUCUUUCGGACAUGGGAGCAGUGUGUGGGAAGGAGGUGCCUACCCAGUCCCCAAGGUCCCAGGGCGUCCUGGUCCAGGGAUUUCCCAGAGGAGCUGCAACCCAGUGGGCUCCACCACAGCCCCAGCCCCUGGGCCUGGCUUGCGCCUGUCCUGCCCACCUGUGUGGCUGGAUGUCAUGUACUGGAGCAUCUCCUGCGGGACAGCUGGACACAGGCAAUGGGGUGGCUUUUGUUUUAUGAUUGUUUUCCAAUAAAAGGACU